GACACUUCUCAAUUGGUACACCCGACGUGCUGCUCAUGUCGAGGCCCCCUGCUUUAGACUCCAGUGUCGAGGAGCACCUCCAAUUAUCAGCAUUCAAGGCCAAAUUCGAUGUCACGGACUUCGUGGGGAAUGUUUCCGAGAAACUAAUCGCGCAGUCUAAGAGUAGCGCCGGCCCAUUUGACCCUACCCCCUUCAUCAGCACCUUCGAAGCAGCUGUCGACAAGCUCAUCGCUGUGCGUAAAGAUGUGCAGGCCAAGACCGAGCAGAUGGAGAAGGGUGUGCGCGUUUCGGAGAGAGAGUACUCGAAGAAGAUGGCUGAUCUUAACCGGGGCUUCGAGACUGUUGGCAACUCGUUCUCUGGCAUGGAAAGCCGCAUGAACGAAGUAAGCAGUACAGCUGUCCGGAUCGGGGAGCAACUAGAGUCGGUGCACAUCGAGCGACAACGCGCCCAGGCAGCAUACGAUUUGAUCGACUUCUAUGUUCAAUUCUCGCGGGGGGACACGACUAAACUGGAUGCACUGCGAAAGGAGGGCAGGGCAGGCAGGAGACAAGUUGCUGUGCUUCUGAGGAGACUGAAUACGGUCGCCAAAGAAGUUGAUCUCCCCUCUGCGGACAAGACCCGCGAGAACAUUGAAAAGUAUUGCGAGAAGUUUGAGAAGGAGAUGCUGAACCUAUUCGACCGAUGCUAUAGACGAGGUGAUCCCAAGAUGAUGCAUCACUGCGCCCAAACUCUGCUCGAAUUCAACGGCGGCAAUUCUUGUGUGCAGGUGUAUGUCAACCAGCAUGAUUUUUUCAUCAACAAUGUGCGAGAAACCAAGCCUGCGGAGGACACAUUACUGUGGAUGGAAUGCACUGCCAGAUCCAGACACUAGUCCACCGAAAUCAGAAGUAGGACUGGAGGAAUUGUUCGCGGAGAUCCGAAACACUGUCGACACUGAGGCUCAGAUCGUGAAAGCCGUUUUCCCAAAUCCUCCAGUUGUGAUGCAAGUUUUCUUGCAACGUGUGUUUGCACAAUCGAUCCAACAACACAUGGAGCAACUGUUGCACAGAGCAAGCACGAUAUCCGAGUUGGCGUUCCUUCGCGUGCUACAACUCGUGCAUAUACAGGCCGCGAUACUCGUUGAAGAUCUUAAAGCUUAUGAGCUGCCAACGGUGGCGUCGAAGAGCAGCUUCGAGACAUCGGAAUUCCGACGUAGCCUGAUCGGGUCAGCAGCACAGGCUACAGGGACGUCAGCGACAGUGAGUACGAUGCUGGAGAGUGCGAUGGAAGAGCUUUUCGUGCCGUACACCGAGGGACAGCGCUAUCUAGAGAGGGAGAGCCGAAGUCUGGGGCCACUGUAUGCGAGUCUGUUGACCAAGUUCACCCGAUAUCACGCCAGGACACAAAAAGCUGGCAAGUCGUCUAUGUUUGGGUUGGUGGUGAACCAGCUCAGUGCGGCGGCGGCUACCACUUCAUCGACUGGCUCCGCUACGACGUCUGCCCAGGCUGCUGCAGUCCUAAUGCGUAUAGGAGGAAUCAAUGCUGCCCAGAAACCGUCACAAGAUAAAGCAGGCGAAGAACCGAUUCUCGAAGAAGAUGGGCUUUUGGUUGUCGACACGGCGGAGACCAUGCUCAAGUGGCAUGCAGAAGCCGUCGGCCGCUGUGUCGAGCUCAGUCCGGCUGGUGAUGUUGCAAAGCAGACUUUUGCGCUCAUGCGAGUGUUGUCCGAGGCAAUUGGGACCGCUUAUGUGGAAGCAGCCAUCGAAACGGCCCAGGCUCGCAUUGAAGCUGAACCCAAAGCUGAGCUCAAUCUGCAGUACCUGAUGGUGCUCAGGCAAGUGGACCUGAUCUGCCAUUUGUGGCAGCAGUACGUCAACACCGCGUUGCUGCCGCUCGCCAGCUCCUCGGUCACUGUCCGCCGUGAGAUGGUCCUAUACAACAACCAGACUCUGGGACGCCUGGAGGGCGCAGCAAACACACUUACACAGCGGUUAACGGACUCAAUCGUCACGACACUGACCGCUCAUCUGGCGAAACAAAACAAGAAUGACUUCCGGCCUCGAAACGACGACCUGUCCUUCGCUCGAGUGAACACAGAACCCUGUGUCGCCUGUUGCGAAACCUUGGAGAAAGUGCGCGACGCAGCCAAGCAAAGCAUGAGCGGGAAGAAUCUGGAGGUGUUCCUGACUGAAGUCGGGGUCUCGUUCCAUACCAUGCUCCUACAGCACCUCCGAAAGUUUACCAUCAACGACACCGGUGGGCUGAUGCUCGCCAAGGACCUCAAGUCGUACCAGGAUACGAUCGCGACCUUUGGCAUCCCAGCCCUUCACGAACGCUUUGAGUUUAUUCGGCAGCUCGGGAACAUUUUCCUCGUCAGACCGGACAUUCUCAAAUCAUACAUCGCGGAGAACUACCUCGGCAGGGUCGAUCCUGCUUUACUCAGGCCGUAUGUUGCGCUGCGCAGUGACUGGGGCCAGUUUGAGAAGGACUGGGCCGAUGGCUCCGAAGAUGCGGCGGGUCGUGGGAAAGGAUUUAAAGACCGCUUUGGUCGGUUGAGCGUGAUGAUGAAAGAGCUCGAAGGUCUCAAGCAGGAGGGAAUGAAACUAGGCGAGAAUCUUCCUGCGAUGCCAACCAUCCCAAUGGGUGGAUUCGCGGGCGGGUUCUCUCUCACAUCCAGAUUCGGUUGAAGUCGUGUUUGUAUUUCUGUUGUACAUCCACCAGCAAGAGUGCUGGCUGGUCUCAGUGUUUAGGUCAAAGCAGAUGGAUGAAACGUGACUUGCGUUCUGCAUAAGCGUCGGCUAGCUUCACGUCCGCUUCCUUUGUUGAGCCGUGCCCACCUUCGGGUCAGGACAGAAAGUCGAAUCCUUGGAAUGGUGGGAAACAGAGUUCUCAGAUGCAUCAGAGGUGCUGGCCCGAGAGCGUUUUGUCAUGCUCUGAGCGCGGAAAUGGUGAUGCAUCCGUCCCCUCGUCUUCAGUAAUCGAAAUGUUUUCUGAAUGCGAAUCACUAUCCGCACCAAUAAUUGGAAACGACCUCACGACUUUUGAUGUGCUGAUGAUCGAUGUACCUAGUCCGGCUUCACUACACAGCCUGGGGCCGCCAUCCUUCGAAAAUGACCCAUCUCGGAACCUCCCAGACCACGUUGCAUCGGCACGCUGAAUGCUAUCGAUGCCCCACUUCGAAAUAAACUCACCCCUUCUUUCUUCCCAUCCACCUCUGCACGAUGUACCACCCGAGUCCCAAUCAGAAUCCGUUGUAUAGUCCGAACCGUGCUUCCUUCUCACCUGACGGGCGGCGAAGCCCCAAUCCGCAGGGGAUGGGAAACCUCAGCGGCGGGAUCGAGGGACGCCGCAGUCCGAUCCCGAUGGCCAAUCCGAUAGGCAUGGGGAUGGGCGCCGGAGGGAUGGGUAUGGACCUCGGCCGGCGCAGCCCCAAUCCCAUGCACCAGCCGUUGCCGGUCAGUAGCGGCAUGGGUAUCGGUGCAGGCAUGGGCAUGGGCAUGGGCAUGGGUGGCGGUUCGAUUCCCAACAGUCUCACUGCCAAUGGCAUGGGCGGUGGGAGCGGCUUCGAAGUGGAACGCGCGACUCCAUCCCGUCCGUCGUCGGCGAUGGGACGGCCGGUUCAAGAUCAGGGCGCUGGCUACAGCACAGAGAACAUCUUCCGCGAAGUGACAUCGCGCUUGAUUGGAGCCAAGACCCGUCCCGCGAGCGUUUCUGGGCGAAUCCCUCUGGAUACCAGCAGCCUAGUUUUGUUCUUCCGAUCCAAAACCAACGCGGCACACUCACUCGAUUUCCCUAUCGAUCUCGAAUAUGGGAAUCCGCCUCCCGCACUCGACGUCCUGAUCGCCUCCUGUAAGCGAACGCAAGCCGCCGGAUACGACGGAGCGGUGUACGACACCUUGCACUACCCGUCGACAUUGCCGCUCACUCCAUCGCUGGAGCUCGCGAACCACCCCAUCAUCGAUGCCGUCCGUAACACACUGUUCCCCUCCCUUCCGGUUGGCCACCACCUUGUUGCACGCCGCGACCAUCUCGAGGUCCUUCUCGCUGGGGGCCACAGUCCGCCGGAGCGAGGCACCUCCCGUGCGGAUGGUCGCGUCGCCACGCUCAGCAUCACUCUCCCUGCCCGCUUCCAGGGCGGGGCGCUUUCCAUCCGGGAUCUAGACGGGCACAUGGAACGUCUACUCAGUGCUGCCCCCAACAAUGAGCUGGAAUGGACUGCGUGGUUGUCUGAUGCCGAGGUCGAGGUCGAGCCUGUGGUCAAAGGAUGCCGCAUGGCCCUGCAUUAUGCUUUGUUCGCUCUCUCCUUCGCAGCACCAGCUCCGGGACUGUUUGUUCCCAGCCAACCGUUCAUGGAUCUCCUGCCGCCGGUGCUGCAGAUGGCUCGAGGGCGGAAGGUCGCUUUCCUGCUCAGUCACGACUAUGAGUCGGUCGAUCCAUCGGUUUCUAUCGCAGAGAGUCUCGUUCCCUAUUUGAAAGGAGGGGAUUCAGUGCUUUACACCGCACUAAAGACAUACAGACUUGCUCCUGCGUUGCACUGGAGCGCCGGAGGCUACAUCUGGCCCGUGGACCACGCCGUCGAGCUCUUCAACGACGGCGCCGAUGGUCUCCCCUCGGUUCCAGGCGGCUUCAACGCGGGUCGUCCCCCCAGGGCUGCAGGUGGCACCUUCAGUGCUUUGCAAGCCAAAGUAGAGGCCAGCGGAGCGGUCCCUUUCGCUGCUGCCGAGGUCACGCUUCUGACCGAUUACCGCUCGCCAGAAGGCUCCCAAGUUGGGAAAUCCAGAGUGUACUUCGUUCAGGAAGGAUUGCUGGAGAAACUGGUGGUAAAUGUCCUCAUUGUCGCAUAUGUUCCGUAGGCAGGCUCGUCAUGAAUCGGAUGGAAUGUAUUUUUACCUGUAAUGACACUCAAAAGAUUGCACCAAAUAUACUUGGACUACAUUUCUGAAAUGCAAGACGUAUGUAACUUCGAUGCCAUCCAUAUAGAGUGCAAGGCACAUGAAAUUAUGGCCGAACCAGCUGUCCUACUUGGUCAUCGGGACCGCACCGCCGCUGGAUACGUAAAAAUGCUCGAUCUCACUCGCCUCUGAAUUCCGGGCGCCGUUUCUGUUUGAAUGCCUCCAAUGCUUCAAGCCGAUCCCGCGUGGGGAUGAGGAGGUUGUAGGUAGCACGCUCGAAAUCAAGGCCUGUUGAUGAUGAGCCUUGGAUGGAAAGUAAGACAACAGGUCGAAGCACCUGUCUCCAGAGGCAGAUCUUCCGAGCGAGUGAUAGCCAAUUUCGCUGCCCGCACAGCCAGAGGAGCUAUUCAUUGCAUGAGCGACCGAAAUACAACGUUGAGGGAAAGGCUCGCGUACCAUUACGAGCAAUCAGCUCGGCCAGGGAAGCUGCCUUGUCAAAGGCGGACGGAGCAGUGUGGUCCACCAACCCUGCCGUACGUUGAGAAAUCCGGAAAGAAACCAGCAAUCAAUCGUACCUAACCCGAGGGCGUCUGCUGCAGUCAACAGGCGGCCAGUGAAGAUCAGGUCCUUAGCCUUGCUUUGCCCAAGAAGACGCGCUGCACGUUGUGUCCCUCCUGCGCCUGGGAUGAUACCCAAUCCGACCUCUGGCAGCCCGAUCUUGCUGACCGCUUGCCCUUUACACGCGAGUGAGACGUGUCGAGCUUCCGGUAGCAAAGCUGUCCGUAGUACCUGCUAUGCGUAUAUCACAAGCCAAGGCCAGCUCCAGCCCUCCGCCCAGUGCCGGUCCGUCAAUGGCAGCGAGGGUGGGCAUGGGGAGUGCCUCGAGCAGGCCGAGGGCAGCGCGGAGACCGUUCAGGAACUCGCCAACCUGUGCGGGGGACAUGGAUCUCCGUUCUACUAGAUCCGCGCCGGCACAGAACGAGCCAGGAGCGGAGGACCGCAGGAUCACCGCGCGCACACUGGCUGGGGGGUCACCAGGGGGAGUUCGAGAAAGACUUCAUCCCGCACCUGGAGUCCGACCGCAAUGUGUCCAGACUUUCACGCAGCUCCUGUAGCGAGACAAUAUCAACCCCGGUUGCGGUCCUGCAAUCGGAUUAUGGUUCGGGUACCUUGAGAAGUGUGGUGGAAAUGGCAUUCUUGGCUUCGGGGCGGUUGAGAGACAGACAGGUGAUGUGCUCUGAGAUAGGCUCGAGAAAGGCCUGCUUGGAGUAUGCGCGUGCGAGUCGGAGCGGAACGCGCGCCGCGAGCGUGAAGCUGAACAUGACGAUGACGAGUGUGGGGAAAGCCGAUCAUGAUCGAUGGCUGAUGAUCGCUGUCAGCGACAGGCCUGAGUUAGCAGCGCGCGUACAUGAUGAUCGAUGCCCGCUAGUGCCUCUCUCACGCUCACUGCUCAUCAGGACCUCGCAUGCUGCCGCCGCGCUGAUUGGCAUGGAGCUAGGGCCAGAGGCUUCCAAGUUUCUCGAACUUCCUGACGAGAUACUCCUCCUCAUUCUAGGGGACACCGAUCUCGAGAGGGACGCGUCGUUGCUCGGUCUCGCGUCGCUUUGCAGGAGACUGCAUUUCAUCGCAUUGCCCAUCUACCUCGCUGCGCACGGCAUAGCGGACCCUGCCAAGUUCGCUGCGGUAACGAUUGAUGUUCAGACGGGGAAGGACACGCUUCUCGGGCUGCAAAGGGCGCUCUAUCUUUCCGACGUCGAACAACUUGAAAUAUCGUGUUUUCUGCCACCUGGCGUCGAACCGGACAUAUCUAUGAUUCUGCGGCACUUUCACAGGCUCAAUAGAUGCGUGGAGCAGCUCAAAUCUGUGCGACGCAUCGUUUUCGACCUCAAUAUCCCAGAGAAAGAAAAUGCUGAUCGACUCGAUACUGGAGACUUUGUCUGUUGGGCUGAGGCUUUGACCGUGGUGCUUUGCUCGAUGCUCAACGCGCGGCUUGGGUGCACUGAGCUCACCGUGCGGGGCGGGGAGUUCUUCGCGGAGGCGUGGAAAGAGCUCGAGGUCGAACCUGCCCAUCGACCGAUUCUGCUACGUCCGAUUUCCAAAGUAUUGAGCAGGGACUCUGAUGGAUGGGACUCGAACCGGUGGAGGAUAGGCAGCAAUCAGUUUGUCUCCGUGGACUUGUUGGAGGAAUGGACUGCCCUCAGAUCUUUCAGCAUCGAGUCCAGCAUAUUACUGAUCAACCCAUUCCUUGUUUGGACGCUCUCUGCCCUGCGGCUCUCUCGAAUAACAACCUUCCAGCUGAGGGGAAUCAGACUAGACUGUGCCACCUGGUCUCAAGUUUUGCGCGCUCUGGCCGCGUCUAUCCCCGUCGCGACGAGCGUCGUUUUCAUCGACCUGUACGGAAUAUCAGGCGCAGACAUCCUCCAUUUCCUCGAAAAGAUUGGCCGCCAACUUCGCCGCCUCACGCUUGGGUAUACAGAAUACAGCUUCCGGGUCCAAUCAUCAUGCCCCGACUCGGCGCCGUGCCCGAAGAUGCCGUUGCUGGAGCGUCUGCACGCUCCACUGCCCUUUGUGACACAUUUCCUGAAGAAGGCGGUCAACGUGGAGAGCCUGAAGACGCUCCGUGUUUCGCCGCGGAUGCUGAUUAGCCGGCGGUUCGGCGGAAUGCGGCACGCAGGGAAGACCGUCCUGGCGGUACUCGAUCAUCUGCGCAAGCGGAAGGCCUUGCACAAAGUCCAGAUCGAGCUCGAGAUGCAUUGCGGACCGAAGGCCGCGUGGGCAUCCGCCAUGGAAUCCGACCUACUCGAUCCGUUCCCUGCUGAGAUGACGGACGCAUUGUCUGCCGUGCGGCGGCUGGUCCUGCUCGGAGACUGGGACACGGUCCGGCCAGACGUGAAUCUGGAUAUCCUGGCCAGGUGGAUCACGCAGUUCAGUGGCGUGACUCAGAUGUCUCUGCGACCCGAAUCUGAUGCGAAACGACCGCAGAAGGCGACAGCCGCGUGGGCUAGCGCUAGCAACGCACGAUUGUUGUGCGCUCGAAAUCCGAAUGUGGAGCUGUUGGAGUUGGAUGGAAAUAUCUUUGAUACCCGCCUCGCAUCAUUCAAGCAAGCCACCGGGGACAUUUUGAUACAUAUUUCAUCUGAUUGAGCAACUGAGUGGAGGCAAAGAGGAGCAUUUGCUUGUUAUGUAUGAUCUUAAUUUGCCUUUGGACAGUUGGGACUGUUCCCGGCUCACAUUUACACCCACGUUCACGAUGAGACUCGAUUCCAAGCAAUCAAGGUCGAAUUAGAUCUUUCCAUGUCAAUCGCUGACGCCUCCAAAACAUAUGGAGUCCGUCGCGGAACUUUGAAGAUAUUCUCUGCUGGAAGAUCUAUGCUCCUGGAAAACCCACCAUACAUUAGAAUGCAGUGAAUCAAAUGGGGAUAAGCAUAGAGACAAGGGUAAGUAAAUGUGAUGAGAAGUCAGUAAAAGCGUUGUCCUAGCAACAAUAAAUGUAAUCGAAAUGGGCUCAGACGGCCGUUCCACCAUAGAAGGAAUCCGCAGUAGAGUCGCGUGGCACACCAGUUGUGUGUGCCGGGUGAGAGUAUGGAUGGGGCGAGAGCGACGGGCGGAAGUUGUCCGGUGUCACGCUGUACGCGCCAUCGUGUGUGUUCUCGGAGGGAUAGAGAUAGUCCUGCUGCCCAUUGAACGGAUUCGACGCUGCUGGCUGUGAGUACUGCUGCUGUUGCUGCGAGUACUGCUGCUGCUGCGAGUACUGCUGCUGCUGAGAGUACUGCUGGUCGUAGGCGCUGCCCUCCGAGUAAUACGACUGUGACCCGGCAUCAUGCGACUGGUGCACGGACUCGCCAGCCGCUCCAGGUACAGCAGCAGUGUUGUAGUAGUGUUGGUAGUUGUACUGUGCGUCGGCCGGGUCAACUGCGUAGCUCGCGCCUGGAGGAUACCCAAUAACAUCUGCGCCGUAUGCCUGUUGCUCUCCAUGGUAAGGAUUGUACGCAUGUUCCCCGGCCGCAGCAGCAGCGCCGUAACUUGCCUCGGUCGUGUCGACGAGGUACUGAUCAUGGUGCUGGUGCCCGUAGUUGGGGACCGGCGCCAUAUGAGCAUCAAGCGGGUCAUUGUUGAGCGAGAUCAUGCUCGGUCCGGGGGAGUGAUUGUGCUCGUUCCGCCCUGGAACAGGGUCCACCGGCGCCUUGGUGUCGUAGAAAGUGUCCCGGAUAUCAUCGCGCUUCGACCUGCGUUUGCGGGCGACGACGAACCACAGACCGAGCACGACCACAAGUCCUACGCCGACGAAUGUCC